AUGAUAUCGGCGUUACAUCAGGCCGACCAGACCCCGGCUUUGCCUGAUACACUGGCAGAACUUCCAAGUCACUUCAUAUUGGAACACCAUGCCCUUGAGACGCUCAUUGAUGGCGCUUGGCGACCGACUCGCCGAAUUGUUGCGGACAAAAAGACCGAAACAGCCGAAACGUUGCAGGCUUUCAACUGUCCUAUAGAACAGGAAGCCGUCGAGCCACGUCGAGACAUCAUAUCCAACGACAAUCAUUCCCGCCAGCGUCAGGUGUCCGCCGGACUUCCUCUCCUCAGUAAACCCCAAACCAAGUCAGGAGAUGUCAAAAAGGUCGGGGACAGAUGGGUGGUCGACGGAGUCGGAAGCUUUGACAAUCAGGCAAUAUACGUGUUCGACCAAGAUAUGCCUGCUGGGCUGACGAAGAGCAACUAUCUCUGUAGACAGCAGGGGAUGGACGGACUUCAACCAAUUCCGUACAAUAUACGCUACGAUCCAAUCAAUGUUCAAGUCUCCAAUGGGGUCCUUGCCUUGACUGUUCCAGGACAGCAGAACCCUGACCGCGAUCCUGAUACUGCAGUGAGCUGCGCCGAAAUUACAACUGUCGAGGAGAAAAUACUCUAUGCCAGCGUGCGGACCAACGCCAUCUUCAGCCAAGUGCCGGGAACCUGCCACGGUCUUUUUUUCUACAAAUCCGACUGUCAAGAGAUCGACAUCGAGUACCUGACCGACCCGACAUCACUGUCAAAUAAUGGUGCAGGCAAAACAAACCGUAUCUGGUACACAAAUCAGGCUACCAAUCCCAAAGGGACGCCCGCAACACGAGGAGCAGGUCCGGCUCCAUCUGACUGCACGGCUCAGGUGCACGAAUAUCGUAUUGACUGGACCUCGGACUACACUGCUUUCUACAUCGACGGUAUCUUGCAGUACAACUACUCGAUCAAUGUGCCCACUCGACCAGGACCUUGGGUAUGGAAUAACUGGGCAAACGGUGAUAAGGGCUGGUCGGUCGGACCUCCUCUGGAUGACAAUGUCCUCCGGAUUCAAAGCAUCAUCAUGUACUACAACACUGUCGACGAAGACGGUGACAUAAACAGUGGUGCUGGAGGAGCCUACCAAGAUGGUCAAGAUGAUACUUGCAAUAACAAUGGGAGACGAUGGUAG